ACUCCAAUUGUUGCCUCUCCUUGGAUGGCGUGCACUUGAUAGGGAACAAUAUGUCUAAUCACAGUGGAUCCGACUGGUUCCCGGUACUGAGUUCAGCCGACGGUGAGGUGCAGGGGGACGGAUCCAAAAUAACUCGAAUCCUAAUUGCUGCGGUUUACUCAGUUGUUUGUGCUUUGGGACUUGUAGGAAACAUUUUGGUUUUGUACCUGUUGCAUUCCAAGUACAGGAAGAAAAGGUCACCUGUGAACUUCUUUGUGAUUAACCUCGCUGUGACUGAUUUUCAGUUUGUACUCACGCUUCCUUUCUGGGCUGUGGAGACUGCGCUGGAUUUCAGCUGGCCAUUUGGCAAGGUCAUGUGCAAGAUUAUUUCUUCGGUCACUACCAUGACCAUGUACUGCAGCGUUUUCUUUCUUACAGCAAUGAGUGUGCAUAGAUAUAGCUCUGUGACCUGUUCUUUAAAAAUGAAAAGUCGAGGUUCUUCCAAAUGGUUAACAAAACUUGUCAGCCUUGUUAUUUGGACAUUCUCACUUAUUCUUACCCUACCACAUGUAGUGUUUUCUACAACAGUGGUGAUCUCUGAAGAAGAGCUAUGCUUAGUUAAGUUCCCAGACCUGCAACAUAUCGAUCCGCAAGUCUUGUUGGGAGUCUACCAGACCCAGAAAGUUUUAUUUGGCUUCCUCAUUCCCCUCCUCAUCAUCACGAUCUCGUACAUGCUCUUAGUGAGGUUCGUGGGCAAUGUAAACACUUGUAACAAGAAUCCUAAAAGAGCAUCCCAAGUAACAAAAUCUGUAACGAUAGUCGUUUUGUCAUUUUUUGUGUGCUGGCUUCCAAACCAGUCCAUUACUGCCUGGGGUAUCUUCAUAAAGUUCAAUGUUGUCCCUUUUAGUGAAGCCUACUACAUUGCGCAGGCAUAUGUCUUUCCAUUAACAGUCUGCCUGGCUCAUACCAAUAGCUGCCUCAACCCAGUUCUCUACUGUCUGAUACGGCAAGAGUUUCGGAUAGCUUUGAAACACCUUUUAUUCAGGGUAACUCCUUCGUUUAGGAGACUGGGUCCAGUGUUAAGUAAUAUCGCUCCCCAGAAGAAAGACAGGAGCCGGGUUUCUAUUCAGAUGAAUAACAAGACACAUUUGGAGUCUUUGGGACGUGGCUGAUAUUUGCACAACAUCUCAGAAAGACUUUUUGGAGAAGUAGGUAAAAGAAUAUUGAACGGUAACACGAUUGUUGAAAAAUGCCUUGUAUGUACAAUAUUAAAAGGAAAACAAACUAAGAAAGACAGACCAUCACUGUAUUAUAUUUUAAUUCAUUUGCGAAAUCUAAAUAUGUUCCAUAAAUGCUUUUUAAACGCCAAAAGUAUGAGAUCAACGGAGAGAGGCGACAGAGCGGCUUUUUUCAGCACCUCGGACAGCGCUCGUCUAUUGCAACAGCGCAAACGUUUGCAAGAGGAGGCAGCAAAACUGCGCCCAUACUGACUGCCAGUUUGUGACCUCUACUCAUUAACUGGAGUUUUAAAUGAUGGACAUACCCCUCAAGUGUACCGAGGAGCAUUCCUCAUCUGGGAUCAUUAAACAGUUCAUGUUCCUCGAAGUUCCACGUUUUAGGGUCUGCCAGGCAUUCGGUAUUAGCAAUUUUAACUGAUAUUCAUGGUAAAUAGAACUGAAUCACAUUAAGUCAUGAAAAGAGCAAUUCUAUAGGUAAAACAGUUCACAUUUUAACCAUUUUAUGAGCUUCCUAGUUGACCUUGUUGGUAAGCUGCUCGUAGGUGUUCCACUUUCUGCCCAUUUGUUCCACAUUACCAGAGGUAGUUUUCCUCAUUUUGUAAAUGGAAGUUAGAGAGCUAUGAUGGUGGGCUGUAUU